CAACUCGAAUUUGUUGUCUUCUUGUCGGUCGUCUCUUGCUUCGUCCAUGUACUUCAGACUACUUCCACGUUCAAUAGCUCGUGUGAGGUUUUCGUGUGACUCGAGCGUACACUCAUUCUCUAGGUCAUUCGCUACUGCUUCGUUACCUCCCGAUGGUACCGUGGUGUCGGAGACGAAUCGCUACCCUGAAGCGUUUUUGGGAGACAGUAGGAAUUUCAAAGAGAGAUAAUGGACUCACUGUCACACUUGAUACGCGAGCGUUGAAAACACCAUCUGGCAAUACUCUGCUGUUACCCAGAAACAAACGGUUAGUUGCAACACUCAUUGCGAACGAAUGGGAAAACCAGGAAACUCUCCUGAAACCUCAUGCUCUUCCAAUGACUUCCAUAGCCUCACGGGCCAUUGAUGCCCUCCAUGAUGAAAAAACACGCUCAGAAGUGCGAAAAGCUCUUCUUACUUACCUCGACACUGACACAAUCUGUUUUCAUCAUGACGACCCACCUCCGCUGGUAGAACUCCAACAAAAGUACUGGGACCCAUUGCUUGAAUGGGCGAGAUCUACAUUUGACAUUGACAUACAAGUCUUUACCUCAAUUUUGCUCCAUUCACAAUCGGCAGAAACACGAACUAAGCUCGACGCCGUCCUUGCCGAGAUGGAUCCCUGGGAGUUGGCUGCAAUGGAACGCGUGACAUAUGUGACAAAGUCUUUCCUGAUCGCGCUUGCCCUUGUGAAGAGGCAUCUCACUGUUGAAGAAGCAGCUAUAGCCGCACAAGUCGAAGUGUCAAGCCAGAUUCAAAGAUGGGGAGAGGUUGAGGAUUCUCACGAUGUCGAUUUCCACGAUGUCCGCCGACAGUUAGGGAGUGCUGCUUGUCUGCUCACGAAUAUAUUUUAGAUAAUGGGAAUAAAUAUCCACCUAUCCAAUUGAUCAUCAUUUCUCCAGUAUAUCCAUAUCGACCGUGGAUCGAACGUCCGUACUGUUCGUGCGGAAAACUCUCCUGUCCAAGUUAGUGGCCACCGCCUCGGCCACUUUGGCUGGCUCCGUGACGUGUCCAGACGCCUGUCUUGAGCCCUCUCUGCACUUUCUCAAAAUAUCGAUAUCAUUCCUGCGAGAACG